UGUGAGAAGAGUGAGUGAGCGAGAGAUGUGGCGGUUAAUUUCGGCGGUGAAAGGGUUGGUGGUCGGUGGGCAGCAGGAAACACAGGAGGACAAGAUUCGGCGGCUGGAGGCGCAGGUCGCCGACGAGGACGAGGUGGACGGAGAGGCCGAGCGGCAGCGGUUGGAGGAGCAACGCCGGCAGGAGCAGAACAAGCCUACGAAUUGCUUUCAGCAGACGGGCUCCAUCACCAAGGUCGAGGCAGAUUACGUCGUGAUCGACUCGAAUCUGUACGUGAAGAAGAAGGUCCUGCAAGACUGUCCCUUCCGGCAGCAGCUCGAGGUGGGCAGCAAGGUGUCCUACCUGGCGUAUCGCAGCGCCGACGAUGACGAGUUCCGGGUGACGAAGCUGGAGUGCCUGCUGGACGAUGGUUGGGGCGAGGAGAGCAAGCAAGCACCGACCACGGUCGACGAGGAAAACACCCAGCUGAUGAAGGAGCUGGCGCCGACCUACUUCAACUACAACCAGCGCAGCGAACAGGGCACGGUCACGGCAAAGCGUAACGGGUUGCUCACGGUGGAAACGGAUUUGCGUGAAAUCCCGGUCGAAAUGGACGAUGUCGAGUUGACGUUCAUUCCGGAGCGGGGUGAUUACGUCGUGCUCGAGUGCAUGGUACAGAUCGACGAGUCGUACUUUGACACGCGCGGGGACAUUUUGGAGGUGAAGAAGAUCUCCCCGACCCGGUUGGUGCGCGGUUCUGGGCUCGUGAGCAAGGCCGACGAGCGCGGAGGUGAAAUCAUGACCGACGAUGGCAAGUACUACUACUGCGUGGAAAACUGCGAAGAAGCGGCCAAGCCAAGUCACGGCGAUCGCGUGGUUUUCGAAGCGGUUGAAAAUGCCGAACUGAACUACCGCUGCACCAAGGUGGUGAUCGAGAAGGCGGCGCCCAAGACGGUGGAAACGGCCAAGGCGUCGCAAGCGCAGCGCGAUCCGGACUUUUUCGACGAUAAGCGCGGCAUCAAAAUUACCGACCCGCUGCAGGUCAAGCUGAGCGAGUUGAACGAGACCAAAAAGAUCGACGUGAUCAUCAAGAAUGAAGCAAGACAUCAGCACAAAAUCCUGUUCAUCUCGAUCACCACCAGCCGGCAGACGUCCCAGCUGACGUUGCUGUCUCCCCUCGAGAAGGAGCACUUUAUCCAAUCCGGGGAGUCGAUCAAGUACUGCUUCGAAGUCACCGCCAAGAACUACGGCAUCAGCAAGGAGGUCGUGUACUGGCGCUUUGGUGGAGGCUUCAAGAUUGGUCGGUGCAUCACGAUAGCGGUGGGAGAUUCCGAAAUUAUCGUGGCCCAACCGACCAACGAGGGAACAACGCAGGCCCGAUCAAAGGCUGGAGUGCACCGGUUGGCAGCGUGGAACGAGUACAAGCGCGGCGGUGAGAUCACGCCCGGCCAGAAGAUCAGCAAACGGGCCAACUUUAUCGACAUAAAAAUCGGCGGGUACCAAGUUCCGGACAACCUGAAGGAAAUCCUGCUCAACCCAUCCUUUACCAAGAAUCAAAUCGACGAAGAGCUGAUGCGUACUCAGCGCUGCCUCCAGCUGCAAGCGCUCACACCGGAAAACUACAAGGCACUGUUCAAGCUGUUCCUCUGGAUGGAGGACAUUCAGUGCGAGAUCACCAUUAAAAAGUUCAACCUCGAUCGGGCACACUUUACCCGAGAAGACAGUUACCUCGCGUUGCGCAUCGAAAACGUAGGCGAAACCCGGCCUUCCCUCAUCCCGGGAGAUCGUCUGGUAGCGACAGCGCCGUGCAACAACAACCAAAUGGAACCCGGAAACGGUGCCGUCAUCCACAAGGUGCUCAAGCACAAGAUUUUGGUCAAAUUCAGCGAGCACUUCCACGCCAAGUACAACGGCGAAGACUUCAAGGUGACGUUCCAGCAUUCGCGCGGUGCCUUCCAGAAACAACACCACGCCAUCAACUGCGUAACGUCCGCCAUGACGCUGGACUACCUCUUUCCGACGAAAACGACCAUCCGCGAACCGUGGGUUGACGUCAAGAUAAACGAGAACGGCAACCUCGCAACGACCGAGUACGACAACGAGUUCAAGUGGUACAAUCCGUCGCUCAACAACAUCCAAAAGGACGCCAUCAAGAACAUUCUCCGCGCGGAGGCUCGCCCUCUCCCGUACGUGAUCUUCGGCCCACCAGGAACCGGCAAAACGAUGACCCUGAUCGAGCUGAUCCACCAAAUCGUGAAACUCUCCGCCGACAGCCGCAUCAUGGUCGGCACCCCUUCCAACAGUUCGGCAAACCUCAUCACCGAGCGGCUCAUCAACGCCAACGUCCUCCGACCCGGCGAGUUCAUUCGAAUCGUUGGCCUCAACUACGUCGAGCAGGAACUCAUCCCGGAACAUCUCGCCCCGUACUGCGGAACCGUCGACAUCGCCUCCGAGCGAACCGUCAAGGGCGAGGAAAUCGUGACCAAGUCCGGCCUCAAGCAAAACAUCCAACUGAAGCACCUCGGUCGACACCGGAUCACAAUCGGAACGUGCGUCACGCUCGGAACCCUAAUGCAGAUGCGUUUCCCCCACAACCACUUCACCCACAUCCUCGUAGACGAAGCCGGCCAAUGUCUCGAGACGGAAACGCUCAUUCCAAUCACGUUCAUUAACCAACGCUGCGGAACCGUCGUCCUCGCCGGUGACCCGAUGCAGCUCGGACCGAUCGUCAUGAGCACGCACGCGCGUGGCUUCGAACAGUCGCUGCUCGUACGCCUCAUGGACACCCCUCUCUACAAACUGGACAAGAACCGCUUUCCCGACACCGCCGGAUUCAACCCACGCCUCGUCACCAAACUUCGCUACAACUACCGCUCCCUGCCCUGCAUCCUGGACCUGUACAGCGACCUCUUCUACGACUCAUCGCUCAUCGCCUGCGUCCCCGCCGAAGACAGCAACGAAUCCGCCUUCCUCACCCAAGUCAUCGACACCCUCCCCAUCAAACCCUCCCAAACGCCACCCUACGCGUUCAUCUUCUGCGGUGUCAACGGCGUCAACAAGCAGAGCCCCGACAGCCCGUCCUGGUUCAACCCCGCCGAAACCAAAAGCGUCUUCAACCUGCUCCUCAAACUCUACAAAAAGGGCGUCCGCUCGGAGGACAUCGGCGUCAUCACCCCGUACCAGGCGCAGGUCAAGCAAAUCCGCCGAAUCCUCGACGAGUCCGGCUAUGGCGGCUCGUCCGGCCUGCAAAAGCCCAAAAUUGGCUCCGUCGAAGAGUUCCAGGGCCAGGAGCGCCAGGUCAUCAUCAUCUCAACCGUGCGCACCUCCAAAUCCAUGCUGUCGAGCGACCUGCAGCACGCGCUCGGAUUCGUCGCCAGUCCGAAGCGGCUGAACGUGGCCAUUUCGCGCGCCAAGUCGCUGCUCGUCAUCUUUGGCAAUCCGCACCUGCUGUCCGCCGACAAGAAGUGGCUCGAGCUGCUGUUCAAGGCGAUUAACAACGGAACGUACUGCGGGUGCGAACUGCCCGACCAUUUGGCGCCGUUGGCACGCGAGCAGGCGCUGCUGAACGGCGGUGGGGAUGAGCCCGCGCAGGAUGAGGAGGGGAAGGAGUAACCUUUGUCAGAAUUUAACCAAGAACUUUAUUAUUUGAGCAAUAAAACUAAACGUUGAAUUAUUAUAAUUAUUGGUUUGAAACACAACCUCAUUUUAAAAAUGA